GUGGCAGUAGUGCUCUUGUCUCAACAGAUGAUCUUUGAUAGAUGUUUCAGCUCGCGAACGUUACCGCUGUAAUGUGACAGUCUCUACCGCGCUCCUCACCGGACCACCGGACCACCGGACCACCGGAACAACAUGUCAGGGACACCAACCGGGACCGAGUAGUGAUGAAAGCUGUUGGUUUAUAUCUGUGAGCCAACUGAUGAAGAAAUGAGAACACCGCUUUCUCCUCUACAACCUGACACCUUGGUGUGAGCCAAGUGUGCCGUUACAGUCUUAAGUAGCCUGAAAGCUUACAUUUCAUCCCCAGAGUUGUUAAGAAGAAGGUUUCUGGCUCAGUCUGCAUCAGCGAUGUCCUCAAGAAUCCUCGACUCGUCCUCGAUCUCAUGACAAACUCUGAGUGUGACUGUUAAUUAGAUUGGGACCCACUUUUCCUCAGGAGAAAAACCUUAUGUGCCUGCCUGUGUGACCCUCACGUGAAGGCUUCUAACCCUGCAUCGCUACCAAGAGCUAACUGCUGUCACUGCAUCUGUGGCAGCAGUUAUGUUUACUGUUGGUCAGGAUUUAUCAAGAACUUGUAGUCGAUCUACAGUGACCAACAGAAAAUUUACAACUCCAUUCCACUGGAGCUGACAUCUCCAAAGUCAUUCCUACAGCAGAGCCACUAAUUGAGAGGGGAGCAACCAGGAGGAACAAGGCAGAGAACCUUCCUCCACUACCUUGGUAUUGUCACGACUGUUAUUCCUCUCCUGUCUAUUAAUCUCCUCCCAAGACCUCUGCCCCUAAACGUAGCACGUCUUCGUUGAGCUGUGCCAUGCCCACCAACCAGUCGUCCCCCUGGGGCGGGGCGAAGCUUCGGGCUUGCUCCAACGCAGAUAGUCCCACCACUACAACCUCUGUCAGUACACAUGCCAAGACAGUCGUGGCCACUAAAGUGCCUUUUAGUCAGACUUCCCUAGAGCUGUCCAGGAGAAAGGAUCAAGCCAAACCUCUCUCAUAUAAUGCUGCCUCAUCUGCUUCCCCUUUGAAGCAGAUCACAUCUGUUGUUUCUCGAGGGGAGAAUGGGGUCGGAAAUAAAACCAACACCCAGAGCCAAAUCACCGCUGUGCCAGAUGGGUCUCCAAACCUGCCACGACAACUUAAUGGGAUUCAAAACCCAAACCAGGUACUGGCAACCGGACUAAAGCAGGCUAUUAGCAGUCUCACAGAGACCAAUGCCCCUUCCUCCAUCCCCAAGAAGGAAUUUCAGAUUGGGUUUAAAAUCCAUCUGACCAUGCAGAAAUGUACGUCGCUCCAAACUUGGCAACCUGGAAACGGUUUAGCAACGAGGAGACGUCAGCAAACUAACAAACUUAUGCCUGAAGCUGUAGACUGUUCGUCCUCGCCAUCAGUGCCUCCUCUAUGCCUUACUCUCCCUGAACAACAGGGGGCAGCAUUGGGAAAGGACGCCUCCAGCACUGACAGCACAAACAUAGAAGUGGGAAGAAGCACAACAAGGGAAACAACAACUACAAGGAGGAGCCAUUCAGCCAAUGCAACAAAAUGCAGUCAGACACAAAACAGUUGCACAACAGUAACUGCUCUAAACAAUCAGUUGGUAGUAAGAGGAGGUCCUCCAGCAACAACUACAAACAGCAAGACCCAAACAAUAGCAUCAGUAGAACUAAAGCAGGCCCCAGAAAGUCAAUGUCCACCGGAGAGCACCUUGUCUACAUGCAAAAGAACCAGUCCUCCAGCAGCCAGUCCCUCUCCAAAUGGGCCCAUGCCAACUGUGCUCAGUGCCAAUGUCAGUGCCACACCGCUGGAUACCGUCACAGCUGCGGCCUCCAGUCCUGCAGGAGCCUUGGUGGGCUCCGUGACCACUCAGAUCUCCGCCAUCCACCUAACCAAGCAGGGACAGCCGGCCUCCAUGUCAUCGCCAUUCCCUUCCUCAGAGGAGAGUCUGGUUGGAGAGACUCAGCUGUCUGGCCAGGAUUGUGUUAUGCAGGUGGAUGGAGUUGAGGAGGAGCUGCCUGAUGAGCUGGAAGAUGCCUGUAGUGAUGACGAUGAUUCAGACUGUUCGUCCAUCACUGGCACCUCGUCCACAGCAUCCAUCACUCCCCUUUCUGGUGUCGAGGAGCCGAUGUCAUUGGAGACGGAAGAUGAUCGAGAGGAGAAACCAGCUUUGGUUCCCAGUUUGUUUCCCCUCAUCGCCCCAACGCUCUACUUCAGCACCGCCGAUGAGAAAGUGGAACUGCUGCCAGUAGAGCAGAGACGACUGUUAAAAUGGAAGAUCAGCACCGUCACUCCAAAUAUUGUCAAACACACCAUCGCCAGGUCUCACUUCAAAGUCACCAAAAAAAGUCAUGACUGGUUGGGCUGCUGGGGACACCACAUGAAGUCUCCUGGCUUCAAGGCUCUUGGAGAGCACCAGAAGUUGAACCACUUCCCGGGAACAUUUCAGAUCGGCAGGAAGGACCGGCUGUGGAGGAACCUGUCCAAGAUGCAGGUUCGCUUUGGCAAACAAGAGUUCAGCUUUUUCCCCCGCACCUUCGUCCUUCCUCAGGACAUCAAGCUGCUACGCAAGGCCUGGGAGGACGGCGGCUCCAGGCAGAAGUGGAUCAUCAAACCUCCUGCGUCAGCCAGAGGAAUCGGUAUCCAGGUCAUCCACAGAUGGAGCCAGUUGCCCCGCAAGAGACCACUACUAGUCCAGAAGUACCUUCACAAGCCCUACCUCAUCAGCGGUAACAAGUUUGACCUGCGUAUCUACGUCUAUGUGUCCUGCUACGACCCGCUCAGGAUUUACAUCUUCUCUGACGGACUGGUUCGAUUCGCCAGCUGCAAGUAUUCGUCUUCCAUGAAGACUCUGGGUAACAAGUUCAUGCAUCUGACCAACUACAGCGUCAACAAGAAGAACUCUGAAUACCAGGCGAACAGCGAUGACAAGGCCUGCCAGGGACACAAAUGGGCUCUGAAGGCCUUGUGGCAGUAUCUGGGCUCUAAGGGAGUCAACACCACUCUGAUCUGGGAGAAGAUUAAAGACAUUGUGAUCAAAACCAUCAUUGGGUCAGAACCGUACGUUAACAGUCUGCUGAAGAUGAACGUCCGGACACCUUACAGCUGCCACGAGCUGUUCGGCUUUGACAUCAUGCUGGACGAGAAGCUCAAACCCUGGAUCCUGGAGGUCAACAUAUCACCAAGCCUCCACUCCAACACAGCACUGGAUGUUUCAGUUAAAGGUCAGAUGAUCAGAGACCUCCUGAACUUGGCUGGCUUCCGUGUUCCCCAAAGAGAUGAUGUGAUCGCUCCCUGCAGCAGCGCCUCCAGCUCCACCAGCAGUUUGUCUGGCGGAAACAGGGAGAGGACCAAGCCAGACCUGUCUGCUGAUGAGAAGGUUAAACGGGCCUUUUACCUCACACAGCGCUAUGCCGACCAGGACUUCCUCUCUACAGCGUUGGACGUCUUGACUCCAGAGGACGUCCGCGUGCUAGCAGAGACAGAAGACGAGCUGACUCGCCUUGGACAGUUUGAGCGUAUUUUCCCAUCGGCGUCAUCGUCCCGCUACCUUCGCUUCUUCGAGUGUCCGAGAUACCUCAACAUCCUGCUGGACCAGUGGGAGAAGAAGUACUGGAACAACAGGACAAAAGGUUUCAGUGUGCUGACGCCUCUCUGUGAGAAAGGAAUCCAUCUAGGAACCAAUGACCCGACUCACAUGUGGUCCAAGUGUAGCUACAUCUCUAGGUUUGAACCCCAGAGAAAAGACGUGGUCGGCCCCUCCAGAUCCAGAGUGGUGGUCACCCAUCAGCACCGCUCCCAUCAGGAUGACGACGAUGACGGUUCAGACGUGGAGGCUGCCUCGGUCUCCAGCCUGCCUGGUUCGCCAAGUCCUGGAUCCAGCGUCACCAGCAGUGCCUGUGCAAGCCCUCAGCCCAGCCUCACCCAGAGCCUGCUGCCCGACCAGUUCGCCUCGCUCGGAGACUUGGUUUGAUAACACAACGUGCAGUACAGACACAAAGCUCAGGGUCUAGGACUUAACCCUCACCCCUCCACAAACACCCUUCUAUUGAUCUCUCAUUUACUUACAAGCCUAGUCUGAACAAACACUGUAGAAAGGAGAGGAUUGUAGUUGGCUAUCAGAAGGAAGUAUAAACAGUUGAUGCUAAUGGGGUAGUGUGCAGAAAAUAGAGGAGCUUUUUGAAUGUUUGUUCUUUUACUGCUAAAAUCAAAAGUUCAUGGCGACUUGGCGAACUUCUAUUACUCCAAUACAAGACACUUAAAAGACCAUACCAGUGUUUCCACAUGUUUUAUCCCGUUUACGACAAAAAAUCAAUAACAUGUCAACUUUAGUCCAAAUAUAUUCAGAGCUUCUGAGCAGCCAGUGAUUUCUAUUAUUUUCUGUGCGGUAUUAAAAUCGUCCUGCAGAAUCUUGAAA